AUGCAAACAAAGUUAAGUCCAUUCCGCAUCACGUGUCCACUGUUAACGGCACCGGAUAGUGGGACUGUUUCCUAUUCUACGAACGGUGCGGUGACGUCAGCGUCCUUUAACUGUAGCUCCGAGUACUCCCUCGCCGGGCCGGACACUAGAGUCUGUCAAAGUGAUGACACGUGGUCGGAUGAAAAUCCCACGUGCACUUGUAUUUUACCACCUGCUCCUGCAAACGGAAGUCUUGUUGCGUCAGUUGAUGGAACGCUGACGUAUUCUUGUGACGUUGGAUUCGUACUUAACGGUGAUCGCACACGGACCUGCCAAUCAAAUUCAAAUACUUGGUCUGGAGUAGAAGCAACAUGCGAUCCCUGCGACGUCAUCCCUAUAACAUCUGGUCUAAGUAUCACUCCAGCCAGCACUGGUACCACUACCAUUUCAUCGUUCACGUGUACGGCUGGUUACACGCUUGUAGGGGCUCCAAACUCCACGUGUUUAUUGGCGGGAACAUGGGAUACUAGCGCACCAACUUGCGUAUCAUGUGACAACAUAACAAACACUGACACGCUGCACUUGGCAAUCACUACGGACGGUUACACGAGCACGGCUACAUUUACAUGUGUCACAGGAUAUCACGUGGUAGGGGCAAGUUCGGCCGUAUGUGAUAAUACUGGUACUUGGGAGACCAUUCCAACAUGUGAAUGUGACGAACAAACAGCAUCCGCUAAUGGAAGUCGAGACGGUAACGGAACAAGUUCCCAGUUCACCUGUAACGUAGGUUACAAUCUUAUAGGUUCAUCUGUAACAGAGUGCUUAGAUGAUGGCACAGGAUGGAGUGCUGAUCCACCUUCCUGUGAUGAUUGUGAGGCUCUCGCAAGUCCUGUUGGCGGUUAUUUUAACUUGUCAACUGAUGGUGAAGUUACAUUGGCAACAUAUUCAUGUAAUGUCGGUUACACCAUGUUAGGGGAACAGCUCUCGUAUUGCCUGAAUGACGGGUCCUGGAAUGGCACAGUGCCAUCUUGUGUGAAAUGCCCAGAUUUGACAAAUCCGGAUAGUGGUACAGUUUCUAUAAAUACAGAUGGCGUCACAAGCACAGCGCAGUACGAAUGCGCACCCGAGUAUGACAUUUCCGGUCAGUCAACAAGCACCUGCCAAACAGACGGUACAUGGACAAACACACAGCCUACAUGUUCCUGUAGCGCGGCAUCUGUACCAGCUAAUGGGACGAUAUUGUCAGAUAACGGGGAGUCCGUAUAUUACCAGUGUGACGUCAACUACAGUAUGAAUGGCUCUAGUUACCGAGACUGUGCCUCUGAUGGGACAGGCUGGAGCGGCAAUGAUCCAAUAUGCGUUCCAUGCGAAGCUCUAAACGUAGUCUCGGGAGGCUCUGUGCAAUCAACAACGGACGGUGUGAACACAAAAGUACAAUAUUCAUGUGACAUUGGUUACAGUAUCAGCGGAAAGAAGGAGAUCACGUGCAACUCUGACGGCACGUGGGAUUCUAGUCAAUCCACGUGCACGCAAUGUGGAGCACUUACAGCACCGAGUGGCGGAAACUUCACUCUAUACAGUGAUGAUAAUACUGUUACAAAGGCCACGUUUAAUUGUGAUGUUGGAUAUACAUUGGAUGGGUAUAGCGACCUCACGUGCCAAAAUACUGGACUAUGGGAUAAUAAUAGCCCACAGUGUGUUCAAUGUAAAGACAGGGAUCAUCCUGCAAGUGGUAAUCUGACUCUUAGUACAGACGGACAAACGACCACCGGUGCUUACACGUGCGCGGACGGUUAUACUUUAUUAGGAAUACAGACUAUAUCUUGUCGGAAAGAUGGAAACUGGAAUUACCCGGCAUCUGAAUGUAAAUGUGAGACACCUGUUGCACCUGUCGAUGGAAGUGUUAAUGCAGAUGGUGAAAUUGUGACAUUUUCUUGUAAUACGCGCUUUACACUGUCCGGUGACAGCACGGGAACGUGUAACAAUGACGGGACUGGAUGGAGUAUAGCAACACCACAGUGCGCUCAGUGCCAAAGUCUUGAUAGUUUUACGAGUGGAAAUGUGAGUUAUACAAGUGAUGGUUCAGCUACCAGAGUAGAAUAUUCAUGUCCCGAGGGUUCAAGUCUUCAAGGGAACCAUAUAGCUAGUUGUAAUUCAAGUGGUUACUGGGAAGCAGAUUUGCCAGAGUGCGUGUCAUGUCCGGCAUUACAACCUGUAUCAGUGAGCACGGGUUCUGUCACACUUGUAACAAACGGCACGACAACAUCAGCUGAGUACAGUUGUCCGCAAGGUUAUGCAGUAAAGGGCUCUCAGACGCUUACUUGUAACUCGGACGGGACAUGGAGCGAUGAGCCAUCUGACUGUGUUUGUGGAACACCAAGUUUACCAGAUGGAGGGAAUUUCACAAUAUCAGAGGACGGAUUGAGCGUCAGUUUCGUAUGUGGGGAAGGUUAUACAAUGGUAGGGCAGCAGACGAUUUCCUGUGGUACAGAUGGCUCCGGAUGGGCACUUGAGUAUCCGAAUUGUACUAAAUGUGAAGACCUAACGUCACCAUACAACGGCAACAUCACUUUGGUGACGACUGGGACUCAGACCACUGCAGUCUAUACAUGCGGAGUUGGAUACACUCUGGACGGAUCGACAGUACCAACUUGCCAAGAAGACGGAACAUGGACAACAGUUGAACAGACAUGCGUGUCAUGUCCAGAUUUACCAAGCCUUGUUGUAGCCGGUGCCUCAGUUACAAUUUCAUCUAACGGUACUACGACUUCAGCUUCUUAUACUUGUCCGACAGGGUACGAGGUCAGUGGAUCGGAAACUCUGACUUGUAACUCAAGUGGAGCGUGGAACAGUGCUCCAUCGACUUGCGUGUGCAAAACACCAGUUAUUGAGGAGGGUAGGAAUUACACAUUAUCCCAGGAUGGCUUGAGUAUAAUUUUCGAUUGCGGCGAAGGAUAUACGAUGAAUGGUGUCCACGAUGUCACAUGUACAAUAGACGGUUCCGGAUGGAAUCUUGAAUUUCCAAAUUGCACAAAAUGUGAAGAUAUAGCGGCUCCUAGCGGAGGUGAUGUGACUUUGGUAACAAAUGGAACACAGACUAUUGCUGUAUACAGUUGUAGUAUUGGCUCGAGUCUUGAUGGUGUACCAACACCUGAAUGUCAAGAAGACGGAACUUGGCUCUCUUCAGAACCAACUUGUGUAAGGUGUCCAAGUCUUCCUGGUGUAUCAAUAAGUACGGGUAACGUGACAAUAGAUACGGAUGGUACAACAACAAAAGCUGUUUACAAUUGUCCACAAGGGUAUGAAGUUAGUGGCUCUCAGGAACUUACCUGCAACACUGAUGGCACUUGGAGUUCGAGCCCUUCAGACUGUGUGUGCUUAACACCGGAUUUAACUGAAGGAGGUAAUGUGAAUAUUUCGGGUGAUGGACUAACUGCAACUUUUACUUGUGAUUCCGGCUAUACAAUGGUAGGGGAACAAACGUUGACGUGUGGAACUGAUGGGUCAGGAUGGAAUAUUGUACAGCCAAAUUGUACUAAGUGUGAAGAUCUUUCUUCGCUAUCUGGUGGUAAUUUGGCUCUUGUUACUAGUGGAACUCAAACCUCUGCUAUAUAUUCAUGUGGUAUUGGCUACUCUCUCUCUGGAGAACCAACUUUACAAUGCGGGCAAGAUGGUACUUGGUCACAUCAGCAAAGUGUUUGUGAAAGCUGUCCAGAAGUUGUGAAUAUAACAAGUGGCAGCUCGAAUCUUACAACAGACGGACAGACAACCAAAGUUGUUUACACAUGCGCAUCCGAGUAUGAAAUGGAAGGAAAUGCGAUUUUAUCGUGCUUAACAAACAGAACCUGGGAUAACGACCCGCCCUUAUGCUUCUGCGUGGCUCCAUCUUCGCCUUUAUUUGGGUCAGUGACGUCUAAUAAAACGACAGCAGUAUACAGUUGUGAUGAAGGAUACAUAAUGAAAGGGGUGCCGAUAAGGACUUGUCAAGACAAUGGUCAAGGAUGGACGGAAUCCGCUCCUUCUUGCACAACUUGUGACGCGCUUUCGGAUCCACCAGAUGGCUCCGUUAACUUAACAUCAAAUGGAACAGUUACGAUUGCAACAUUUAGUUGUGACGUUGGUUUUUCAAUGAAUGGGACACAGACAAUGAUCUGCCUGGAGGAUGGUUCCUGGUCUGAACUGGCUCCAAAUUGUGUUUCAUGUCCCACCCUGACUCCGCCUACAAGUGGCUCAUUGGUUAUAUCUAGUAAUAAUAUCCAAACAUCGGCCAAUUACACAUGCAGCACGGGUUAUUAUAUUGUUGGCGAAGAUCUGUUGGUUUGUUCUUCGGAUGGAGUUUGGAAUGCUGAUGAACCAUUCUGUGCAUGCGAUAACGUGACUUCACCGGACAAUGGUAAUGUUAACAUUUUUAUUGAAAAUGGAACAGCGACGUACACAUGUGACGUAGGAUACUCUAUCGAUGGAAUUGCUACAAGAUCCUGUGCAACCGAUGGAUCUGGAAUGAGCGGCACACAACCGUUGUGUGUCGGGUGCCCGACCGUAAACGCUACAACGGAUGGUAAUUUUGAAGUGGUAUCAGACGGAACUGUAUCUUCAGUUAAUUUCCAAUGUGAUGAAGGAGCGACAAUCGAUGGACCAGUCUCCCUUACAUGUCAGAGUGACGGGACUUGGACAUCUGUCCAACCGACGUGCGUCUCGUGCCCAGACCUAGAAACGCCAUCAAGCGGUAAGCUUGAUCUAGAAACAAAUGGUCAGGUGUCAACAGUGACUUACACCUGCGCAGACAACUACCAAGUGUACGGAGACGCUACUCAGCAAUGUCAGACGGACGGCACGUGGUCUGGAUCAAACACAACAUGUGUAUGUACAGCCCCUGCGUCUCCAGCAAAUGGAACGGUCAGGCUCGAAGAUAACAAGCUAGUUGCCGUGUAUACAUGCGACCUUUAUUUCAGCCUGGAGGGGAACAGGAAAAGGACUUGCCAAACUGACGGUUCAGGAUGGACAGGAUCCGAUCCUUCCUGUGUACAGUGCGAGGCCCUUUUAUUCCCAGCAAAUGGCAGUAUCUCAACCGGUUCCAAUGGAACGCAUACUGUGUCAACAUUCACAUGUUCCCUAGGAACAUCAAUGCAAGGGGAGGCAAUCAGUGUUUGCCUACAGGACGCCACGUGGUCUUCUACGGAACCAGCUUGUGUGACUUGUCCGAAUGUGUUGGAUCCAAAUAGUGGCAAUGUGACUCUUUCUUCUGACGGAACAAGAACAACUGCCGUGUACGCAUGCGCAAGCGGAUAUUACAUCAGCGAUCAAAACAUGACGACUUGCCUUCCAGAUGGAAGUUGGUCAGACUCUGAUCCAGAGUGUUUGUGUGAAGAGCCGACUGGCAUUGCCAAUGGAACCGUGACGAGUAAUGGAAAGAACGCGCAAUUUCAAUGUAAUAGCGGCUACAGUUUAUCCGGUAAUUCUGCUUUAACUUGUAAUAGUGAUGCUACAGGUUGGAGUGGUCAAGUCCCUAUAUGCAUUAAAUGCAACGAUUUAGCUGCCCCAAGUGGUGGAGGAAUUGACUUUACAUCUAAUGGUACCGCCACAACAGCAGGUUUUAAAUGCGAGGAAGGUUCGUCACUAAAUGGUAGCACAAGCGUGACGUGUCAGGUAGAUGGAAGCUGGAAUGGUACAACGCCAUCUUGCGUAACAUGCAAAGACCUAGUCACUCCUGAGAAUGGUGUAUACCAGUUUUCGACAGAUGGGACUACAACGACAGGACAAUUACAAUGCAACGACGGAUACGAAGCUUCGGGGACAACUGAAAUUUAUUGUGGCAGUGACGGAGAGUGGAGAUAUAAUCAGCGAAGUACUUGCGAUAAAGUGGACGAUCAGGGUUCUUUGUUGGAUGUUUUGAUUGGGGUCAGCGUAGCGUCUCUGGUCAUCAUAGCAACGUUGGCAAUAUUUCUCACUGUAUUUGUUUAUCUGUAUCUGAAGCAGAAGAGAAACGGUAGAUACGCCACUACCAAUGUUUCAUUUUUCGAUAAAACGGCUGAAGAUGUAUUUGAUUUGAAACCUGUGAAAAUGAGAAAAUCCGCUGCUCCAGUAAAUCACCAACAUUCUGCCUUUGACAUAAGCGGUCCAUUCUCUACAAGCCCCGCCCCAGAAGGAUUUACCGGAAACGGUGCUCUUCCAGAAUCUCCACUUCCGGUAGAAACACAUCGAAGCGGAAGUAGUAUAAUUAGUUUUAGAAGAAGCGCCACCACGCUAACAAAUAAGAACUACCCUGCUGUAAAUGCUAUAUCAAUAGCCGAGGUACAACAAGGAAAAUCCACGCCCACGAUCUUUUCAAAGAACACAAACGGACACUUAAAACCAGAAGUUUCACCGCCAGAGAUGAAAGUUCCAAAAUUACCGCUAAAUAAAUUAUCACCAAUUCCUAACCAUAAGCAAAGAAUAGGGAGACUUGAAUCAGCGUCUCCGCAAAUUAAAAAAGUGAUAAAGGAAUCUAAACUUGAAAGCGUUGGCAGGGUGUCACCGGUCGAAGGGCGUCCUCAAAGUGUGAUGAGCCACGCCCUCAGUGUGGCAAGUUAUGAUUCCAAAUCAUUGGACAGUUUUUCAACAGUUGCAGAUUGAUCAUGAAGAUUAAAAGGAGAACGGUAUUUUAAAAGUGUCAAAAACUUUAAAGCUUUCUUUUUUAUAAUGUUACUGCUUAUUGUAGGAAACAACCAUUUUUUUGUUAUGUUUUAAAUUUCACGAACUAGGAAAGUUUUUUAGAUUUGUAUACAUGUACGUGUGCAUAAUGUUAAGUAGGAGGUUCGAUAACUGAAAAUUAAGCAUUGACACUGUACCUGUAAAUUAAAAGUGAAAAAGGUGGUUAAAGAUAUACGUAGCUCAAAUGUGAUAUCAGAAGUAUUAAUAAUUGCUACACAGUCUGUUUGUGAAUAUAAAAUAAACAUGCUUUGACUUCAUGCACAGUAGAUACGUUAUAUUAAACACUCUACACAUUAUAGGCCGUCACAAUAUGAAUAUGUAGUGUCGUUAAAAAACUGGCAGUUUUUUAAGAAAAAAAACAACUUGACUUGAUAACAGAGAACGUGACUUCCAAUGCAUAGUUUAUUCAUUUUUUAUUCAAGUUAGACAUAUUCAGUAAGAAUUUCAUAGGUUUUAAUAAAGUUCUUCGAUUAAGAUAUUUUACCAAAGAUGAGCAUAGUAUAUUAGUUUAUUCUGUUAAAUUAUUGUAAUUGCAAAGUACUUGUUCUGUGUCUUUAAUUCGAAACCGUUUUUGCUAAUAUGAUAAAAUAUAAGCAAAUGCUCGUGCAUUCAACUCUCUGUGUAAUUCUCAAAAGCCUUUUGCAAAACUGUAUUCUUAAACAUGCUAUUUGGACCCGUAUCGAAGUUUGUAGUAGAGCACUUGCUCUCUUUCUAGAUAACAUUUAAGCAAGCUUCACGCCCCCCAUCUUUUGUUGGGGGUGGGGCGGUACGUCAUUGAAUGCCGCCGUUCCUUGUUGGUCUUUUUUUCUAAUAUUUGACACUUAUAUUUGUGUUAGACAAUAUGUUGAUACAUACAAAUGAGAUAUUUUGAAAAUAGUUUGUUAUUAUAAUAAAGAAUUGUGCUGUUGUUUC